AUGAAUUCACCCAGCCAAAUUACAUCCUCAGACACAAUCAUCCCAUUCCAUUUCUGGGAUGACGUCCCUCACACCAGAGCAAUCGGCUUAAAUGUCACUCUCCGAUUCGACAAACUCCUCGACCCGGAGAAACUCCGCAAUUCUCUAACCCGCCUACUCGAAAUAGACAACUGGCGAAAACUCGGAGCUCGUCUACGACUAGACAACUCGGGCAAAUUGGUUUACCACCUCCCGCCCAAAUUCACCAAAGAGCGACCUGGCUUCAUAUUAACAACCGAAGCACAUGACGGCAGUAUCAAAGCCCAUCCUCUAGCAUCACAAAUGCCCUCUACACAAGAAACCCCCAAAGUCAACGUCCUAGAUGGCAUGAGCAAAUACUCCCCUCUUGUCCGCCACAAAACAGCUCCAGCCAGCAUAGCAGAUUGGUUAGGAACGGAUAUACCACAGCUGGUCAUUCAUACAGUCCUCUUCCAUGACGCAACGCUUCUCACAAUAACAUUCCAGCAUACUCUCAUGGAUGCAAUGGGUCUAUCUUCAUUCCUGCAUGCAUGGACAGCGGUACUAUCAAAGCGUGAUGUCCCACCCUUCCUCGGGUUCGAUGAAGAUAUCAUAGAAGCGCAUUUGGAAACCACAACCGAGAAAACAAUGGCAGGUAUUCUAUUCGGACAGAUUUCCCUUCUGUUAAUUGCACUCGUGGGGUGGUGGGAGAAAUUCUGGUUUCCGCGCGUCGAGGAUAGAGUCCUUUGUAUUCCGGGGGAAUAUGUGCGCGAGUUGAGAGACAAGACGUUACGGGAACUUGAUGGCAAGACAAGUAAAGACCAAGACCGUCCAUUCGUCAGCGAAAGCGAUAUCCUCCUCGCUUGGCUUGCAACUCUCCUCGUCACGGCACAUAAUCCAAACCCGAAUACCCCAGUUCAGAUAUCGAAUAUCUUUGAUAUUCGCUCUAUACUCGCCCUGCCGUCUCCGGGGGUGUAUAUCGGGAACGCGAUAAUGCCAUCGUGUGCAGAGUUCCACGCACACGAGUUUGGAGUCUUGGAUCAUAGUCCGGACUUGGAUUAUCAGUUGGGUCCUGUUGCAUUGAAGAUCCGACAUGCACUAGAGACGCAGCGGACGAAGGAGCAGGUUCUUGCACGUACAGCUUUGCGGAAAAAGAUGCUUCGCGAGAUGGGGUGUUUACCGCUUGUUGGACAUCCUGGCCAACUUGGUAUUUCCUGCACAAAUUGGCACAGGGCGGGGUUCUUUGGGGUUGAUUUUGGGGGUGCAGUUGUUGGAGGUCAGGAGGAAGGAUUUAUACCUUGUAGACCGUCUUAUGUAAAUACGGCGGGGCCGGAACCGUUGGAUGGGAAUGGGCCACGAAAUAUGGUGACUGUUACUGGAAAGGAUGGGAUGGGGAAUUGGUGGGUGCAGAUUAUUGCGAGGGAGGAGGUUUUGGGGAAGAUCAGGGAGUGGACGAGGAUGUGA